UCAGAAUAAGUUAGGUUGCGUAUUGGUCGUGGAAAAAGAAUAUAUAUUUUAUCCCGGGAAAAAUAAUAUAUUGUACUGAUUACAAGCUUUAUAUUGUUGGUGUUUGUACUGUUACUUGUUGUGAUAGGCGAUUAUGUUGUGUUGCGUGUAAUUUUUUUUGUUUAUGCUUAUGUGCAUUUUGAAAAUAAGUGCAAUGACGAUUUUCAGCAAAAAUCUUUACAGUGAAGUACACCGAUCGCUGCAGGUGUUACUAUUUCUUAGUCCAUCAUUCUCGGAUAAGGUGCGAUCCAAUUUGAGCAGUUUUAAAAUAUUUUCACGGAAGGAAUCAAGUUUUGUGCCAAAGCGAGUUCUCGUCUUGACAAAAAUUUCACGAUAUCAGUUUGAAAAAAUGCGCGAACCUGACCUCGAUGAGUCUCUCCUCAGGCUUAAAUUGAAAGAAAGAGGUUCCGAUUACGAGGCAAUGCUCACCAGUCACUAUAGGAAUAAAGCUGCGGAAUUGCGAACAGCCGAGGUUCUUAGGAAUCUCAACAUAGAAUAUAAAAUUAUGGAUAGGCUGAGUAUAGAUAGUUCAAGUGUGGCAUGGGCUGAUUUAAUUUUACCAGUUGGAGGUGACGGAACAUUUUUAUUGGCCUCCAAUUUAAUAACAGAUAAUAAAAAGCCGAUAAUGGGCAUUAAUUCUGAUCCUGAAUCGUCGGAGGGAUUUCUUCUAUUGCCAGCAAAAUACACUGAGGAUAUAACGGAAAUAUUCAGGAAAUUGAAGGACGGAGAAUAUAAAUUCGUCAUGAGAAGGAGGAUUCGAAUUACAUUGAAAGGUGACAAUAUUUGGGGACCUCCAUCUCAUUUACAUGAAAAAUGCCGAACGUCAUCGAAUCAAAGGCUUUACUUUGAGAAAGAAGAGGAUAUGGUAGACACGACCCAGGAGCUUCCAGAGGAGAGACGAAUUCCGUGGUUAGCUCUAAACGAAGUUUUUAUAGGCGAAAUUUUAUCGGCAAGAACGAGUUCCCUGCUUAUUAAAUUAGACGAAGAGGAACAAUAUCACAAAAUCAAAAGUUCAGGUCUAUGUGUGAGCACGGGAACAGGUUCGACAAGUUGGUUCAGAUCGAUAAGUUGUCUAAGUCCGCAGACCGUUAAGGAAGUUUUGUCUUUGGCGGAACCGCAAAAAACUUACCUCAACGAAGAAGCCGAGAAGAUUUGUUCCGAGUACAAUAAUAGGCUUCAAUUCUCCGAAGAGGAUGCGAGAAUGAAUUACGCGAUUCGUGACAUGAUCGUCUCGGAAACUUGGCCCCUGCCAAAAAGUAUGCACCCAAGAGGAUAUUGUAUGAAAGUUAUGGUUCGAUCAUUGUGUCACGAUUCUGCUCUCGUCAUUGAUGGCGGUAUCUCCAUUCCUUUUCCAAUGGGAACCAUAGCAAUUUUAGAAACUUAUCCUGAAGAUUCGCUACGAAAUGUCGUCUUAGAAUAACUACGAAGAAAAGAGCUAAACUGCAUUUUAUUGAAAAGAAGCCAUUCACAGGCUUUCUAAUGUUUUUUUUUCUUUUGUUACAAAGACUACUUAUAUAUUUUCUACUUAAAAAAAAACAAACAACUCUUUCGACUCGAGAAAUAAAAGCUGAUUUUGUAAUUUUUAUAUAAUAACACAUGUAAAAUAGAAUCAGUGUGUUUUCUCGAUGAAAGAAUAAUCUUGUGAUAAAGCCGGUUGGAGGUUUCAAAGAAAAGAUUUUUACAAUAUUUAAUUUUUUUUAAAUGAAUAUUUUCUUCGUGUACAGAAGUGUGUUUUUUAUGUUCCUUAAGUUCCGAAUGUUUAAAUGAACGAAAUUUAUUUAAUUCUUCCUUAAAUUAAAAUUGAGUCACAAAUGAAAGAAAAAAUAGUUUCUAGGUUUUAUCUCACUCAGUAAUUUUUUGAAUAUAUUUCUGGUUAAAAAUUUCGUUCAUUUAAAGGUUUUUAAACUUUUGUAGAUCAUGUUUUCUUUUUUAAAUUUUAUUUUGAAAUUACGGCAAUCGCACGUGUUUACAAUGCACGAUACACUUAAAAAUCCUGUAAUGUUUCUUUAUCGAUAAAUUAAUUGAGAAUAUUUUUUGAACUGUUAUUUGGGAGAAUAUUGUUUUUCCUAGAUGAUUUUGAUAUAUAUUUAUAUAUGUAAAUGAAAAUUAAAGUCGACCAAUGUUGAAAAUAAAGAAAAGAAAAUACUAAUUUCUUUUUCUGUUUUAUGUGAAAUUCAAAAUAUAUUAACAUCGAAAAUGUUAUAAUAUAGAAAUUUGUAUAAAACGUACAAACUGUAUAUCCUUAUUAGGGUUUUAAAACAAGGAGCAUAAUGGGUAAAAUCAUAUUUAUAUAGAUGAUGCUUAGAAAAAGAUUUUAUGUAAAAAUUUACUUGGGUGUUGGUUGAAAAUUCCAAUUCCAAAGUUCUGAGCAAUAUCGACAAAUUUGCGAUAAUUUUUAUUUUUUAUAUGUACCUAUCCAAAUUAUAUGAUAAAUUUUGACUUUCAUAUAUGCAACUUUGUGGUAUAAAUAAAAAAAAUUCAUAAAGAA